ACUGGUAACUAUUUUAGUCGUCCUUUAUUCGUUCAUCGUAGUCCUAUUCUCCCGCUACUAUUUCCUGUGACAGACCGUUUUGCCAACACGUUAGAAUAUUGUAUUUGUUUAUUAUGAAUCUUAUGAUCUGUAUAAAUCGUUAUUUCUACGGUGUUUUGCACCUUGCGUGUUUUGGUUGCAACUGACACUUAGAGACUGUUAUGCCGCGUUUCCGCCUCAUGUAGCAGCGUAAAUUUAGAUUUUUUAUUUUUUUGCUGAUGGUCUAGUAUGAUUAUGACUGUAUGACAUCUGAACAUCAGAAAAAUUUUCAAUAAUUGAAUGAACAAAUUGCCAACAUUAAUAAAGAGUUUGUUUGUUAUUAGUGCAUACAUGCUCUGUAGGCUUACAGUAGGUCUAAAUAUUGACAUUAAUGCAGGCCAAUAUCAAAAGAUCAGAAAAACUGAUUUCAAUAUUUGAUGAAAUAGUUUGUCAUGUUGGUAUGCAAUAUGUUAAUAUAGCUAAUGUGUUACUGUUUGUGACUGCAGACUACCAGACAAUAACUAUUUGUUCAAACUUCAAAAGGUGAGGGUCGAUUAAUUUUAUACUCCGGUAACCUGUCAAAGUUCUGUAGGGUUUGUUGUGAACUUUCUACACACGAGCAGUGGGUAUGUAAAAAUGAGGAUGUGUUGUUAUUUAUUUAUAAAUAUAUUUAUAGUCAUAGAGAACACUUUCCCUCAAAUUCUUGUUUCCCUCCUCAGAUUGGAUGCAGCACUUUUGAACUGUGAUUUCACUGGCAUUGUGUUGGCCAGUCACCCAUGGAUCAGGAUUUCAAUUGCCCUGCCUGCCUGUAGCAGUGUUUUUAAAUUCUGUGAAAUGUGUCACAUCUGUGUGCAGUCUUUUUGUGAACAGUUUUGUGGUAAAGGAGCUUGAUUAAAAUGGUUUCAGCAGAUUAUCACUUUGCCUAUUUACAAAAGUGUUUCAUGCUAAGAGGCUGCAUUGGAUAGUUUUAGAUGACAUACCACACAAUGCUAUUCCUAUUGCAUAAAAAUUACUGACCAUGACAAGGUGUUUUAAUUGGCUUUAAUUGAGCAAGACGUUUUUAAUUCAUAUGAUUUUGGCCUGCACUAAUGUCACAAUUUAGACCUAAGCCUACUGAGCAUUUCCACACUAAUAACAAACAAACGUUACGGCUUUAUUAAUUUUGGCAGUUUGUUCACUCAAUUACAGAUUUAUUUUAUGAUGUCACAUAAUAUUUGUGUGCAGCGUUUCGACAAAACAAAAAAAAAAUUAAAGCUAACAAUACCACUUAUUUUAAUCUGUACAAGGAUGCCAACAUUACGUUUUAAGUUUACAUUUAAUGGAGAAUGAAAUGUCAGGAGCAUUAUUUUCGAAAUCAACAAAUCUGCGGUUGGCCGUUCACAUCAGGAGUAACAAGGAAGAAGGUCACUAGUUGACAUGAUCACUGGGGGGCCCUGCUCUAUGCAUAGCAUCCUCACACCUGGUGCUGAGUCCCCAUUGGCUGAUCUAGCGUGAUUAGCGCAUGGACAAGACCCAGAUUGUUUGGAGGGGGCAGCUAUGUUCCUUCUUUACAUUGGCUUCUUGUAAAUGAAUGAAUUGAUUUUAACAUUUCUGUCUAUGUGUACAAGGCUUUAUCUGGUGUCACACUGAAGUACAUCAGUGACCUUUUGAUUCUUUACUCUCCCCAAAGUGUACUUGGGUCGUGUAAUAAACUUCUCUUAUCUGUCCCUCGUUGUCGCUGUUUAACUAAGGGUGGUUGGGCCUUCUCCACUGCGGCUCCCAAACUUUGGAACAGCCUGUCCUUUCACGUGAGGUGAUAACAUUGUAGAGAUCGGUGCUAACUGGAUCCAUGGCCCAUCAAAGGAGAACCCAGUGUUUCGCUUGGCCUGUGACUACCAACUCCUUGACAAAGAGUCAAUGUCUGAAGAAAACCAGGUGAUUGACAUUGGUGGACAUCCACUAUUUGUUCCCAACUGGUUUACCAGUUCAGGUCGGAAACUGGGGCCUGAAACGAUGGCGCCAGCAGUGGAGUUUUUCAUGAAAUUACUGGAAAGAAGUCAGCAGUUCUAUGAAAGUGGUGGAGAGCCUGUACCAAGUGUUGGAGAGUUUCUCAAGGCUGAAGCAGAACGGACGGCCGCAGAGGAGUGGAAGGAAGACCAGGCUAACAUAGAGAUACGAAUGGCCAUGAUAAACACACUGCUAAAGGUGGAGUGCUGUGUCAGUGGAACACACACAAUGGAUGAUGUGGGCCUGGGAGCCUUUGGCAUGUAUAAGACUCUUCCAGGACUGGACUGCACUUUCCCAGGGGGUUAUGAAGGUUUAAUUGAUCACAUGAUGAAGGAACUUCCCAAGGACAUAGUCUUGUACAAUAAGCCAGUGAAGUGUAUUCACUGGAACUACACAAAAAAUGGACCAGACACUAAAGGAACGUCAUUCCCUGUUACGAUUGAAUGUCUUGAUGGAAAGACAUUUGCAGCAGACCAUGUCAUUGUCACAGUUCCAUUGGGAUACCUGAAGAAGCACCAGGACACUUUUCUGAGCCCUUCUCUUCCACAGCAGAAACUGCACUCCAUUCAGAGAAUGGGCUUUGGGACCAACAACAAGAUCUUUCUGGAGUUUGAGCAGCCUUUCUGGGAGGAAGACUGUGAAUUGAUCUACCUUGUAUGGGAGGAUGAGACUGAUCUUGCAGAUGUUGUUUCUGAUGUAAAGAUGUCCUGGAUUAGAAAGUUGUUUGGGUUCAAUGUGCUGAAGCCCGCUGAGAGAUUUGGAAACGUCCUCUGUGGUUGGAUAGCGGGGCAUGAAUCUGAAUACAUGGAAACUCUUUCUGAAUCUGAAGUGUUGCAAAGUGUCACACAGCUCCUUCGCAAAUUUACAGGAAAUCCAACUAUUGCACCAAGAAAGCUCCUGAGGUCACAAUGGUUCCAUGAUCCUUAUUCCUUUGGAUCAUACACCUAUGUGGCCAAAGGUUGUUCAGGAUAUGACAUAGAUAACCUUGCUAAACCCCUACCUUUGAAAGACUCAAAUGCUAUGCCUUUGCAGGUGUUAUUUGCAGGAGAGGCCACACACAGGUCUUUCUUCUCUACAGUGCAUGGAGCAUUGUUAACUGGCUGGAGAGAAGCAGAGCGUCUUGUAUCUCUCUACACUCCUGCAUCAGGGUCACUUUCAUCUAAGCUGUGAAUAUGGCCGUGUUUUUCUAAAAAAGCUGAAAACCUUGACACCAGUGAUAAUUAUUAGAUCCAAUGGGAUCUAAUCCAAAUCAAAUCCACUCCAAAAAAUCUGAUUGUAAUGACUGUGAAUUACUUACAAUAUGUUGUGUAAACUGUUGGAAUGUUGGUAUAAACUAACAAGUGUGAUCUAAACUAAUCAGUUUUUUUCAGUUUGACAAGACUAAAGCAUCAAAUAUAUGUAAAUUCUCAUAAUGGAAUGGACAUAUGAACACAGGGUUAUGCAUAUGUUAUUUCUGUAGUCAUUUAAAGGUGCCCUUAAGUAAUCUUUAUCCUCAAUAAAAACGUUAUUCU